GGACGUUUAACAAAAACACGGAAGUGCUUUGUUUUUGUUACACAGCCAGCUGUCAGAUGGCCCUUUAGGCUGUACAUUUCCAUUUAAAUCGUCUAUUCAAUCACCCAGAGGUCGACGCAUAUAACUCCUGUGGGCGCGGAGGUCUGUUUAGCAGCUUUUUCGUCUUGAUCCCCAUCAUGGUGGAGCCCACAGCGUCUGGCGUGUUCUGUAACAGGAUGCUGAGCAUGGUCAACUCCGAGGACGUGAACGCCAUCAUCCAGGCUCAGAGACACAUGCUUGACCGCUUUGAGAAAACAAAUGAAAUGUUGAUCAACUUUAACGGGCUGUCUAACGUGCGACUGCAACAGAUGAACGAGCGCUUCCUCCUCCACACUCGCACCCUUGUGGAGAUGAAGAAAGAUCUAGACAGCGUCUUCAGGAGGAUCAGGACACUAAAAGGGAAGAUUGCUAAGCAGUACCCAGAAGCUUUCAGCAAUAUCCAUGAGUCACCCAUCCUGGAAGACGACGAUGAUGAGUUUGACCCAAUUCCCCGCAGUGCUGCCACAACAAUUACAACAGCAACCUCGGAGCAGAGCACAGAGUCCUGUGACACAAGUCCAGAUGUUAUCUCACCCACUGUGAGCAGAUGCUCUGAAGAGCUCUCUCAAGAGCCGCCUGACACACCCACCUCUGAUUUCCUAGAGACAGGCAUCCUAUUGGACGAGGGUCCGGACUCUGUACCUGCAGAAUAGAGCAAGCAAUACGUGAAUAAUUUCAGCCUCUUGAGCUUCAACCGUAAAACUUUUAGCAGGAGGUUGUGUUUUUAUAUUUAAGUUUGUGUUGGCCUUUUUUCCAGCCAUCAAUUCAACUGCUGAGAAGAGCGUCACAACCUUGAUGUUACAUGUAUCUAUGAGGACGCUGGAUUUUGGUUGGCAUGCUUUUUUCGUCAUAGGCCUGCACAGCACUAAAAUAAUGCACAUGAAACUUGAAGUUGUAUAGUGUCUCACUAUAAAUGAAUAUCUUAAGUACUGACAGUGAUACUGAGCAAAAGCCCUCACUCAUCAAACACUUUUAAGCAUAUCUAAUAAUGUUUUUGUUUGUACUGUUGCAUUUUUAUUCUAUGGGCCUCUGUUAAUACCAGAACAUGUUUGUUAAUGCAUUCAUGAAUGUUUUCAGCAGCAUUUAAUCUGAUACUUUACUGAUCCUUGCCGAGAAAUUAUCUUUGUUUUCCGCCUCCAUCGCAAGGAAGCCAGGGGUUUAAUUGUUUAGUCGUCAGUGAUUCAGCAAACUAUUGAAGGACACAUGAAAAGAGUGAAGGCUCUUUGAUACGGGAGCUGGAAACCGGGUGGUGCGAGUACGGGAUCCAAUCACUCCUCAGACUCCAUUGAAGAUGCUGUUUGGGUGUAAAAGGGAAAGUCUAGCUUUACAUGUACUACUAGUGGUUAUUUAUGUCAUAUUUGUAAAUCUCAGUUUUUAUUUGUGUAUUUGAAAAAGGAUCUCUUUGAAAAGCAGAGAGACAGAGUAUAGUGAUUAAAGUUGACGUUCCAUAAUAAUAAAAAUGUAAUAAGAA